AUGCGCUACGGCCUCUGGGCUGUAGGACUCGCUUCGAGCAGGCGUCCUUCCGAUAUCAUUGCUCUCCGUGUUUAUCCCAUCAAAUCCUGCCGCGGCUUCGAGGUCGACUCUGCGAAACUUCUACGAACUGGCCUCGACAUGGACCGUAAUUGGAUGUUCAUCAGCAGCGAUACCCACGAAUUUCUCACCAUUCGUACAAAUCCUCGGAUGACGCUCAUCACCACGCACUACGACAAGGAAAGUGACGAACUGAUCAUCUCUACCCGGGAUCACAAGUCCAAAACACGGAUUCCUGCACAUCCCACACUUGAGUGGCUGCAGCGCUGUACGAAAUUGGUCCCAGUCGGUAUCUGGGGCGAGCAGACUGAUGCUUGGGAAUAUUCAAGCAGCGUGUCUGACCCCUUCUCUGAAUUUCUGGGCUCCGAUGUUCGCCUUGUCUACAAAGGCCCUACACCUCGAAUCCUCCGAGGCUGCGGGUCUCCUCAACAUCUAGGGCGAACUGAAGCAACCAAAUUUGCCGAUAUGAUGCCCGUGUUAGUCGCAUCAGAGGCAAGUCUGAAGGAGCUCAACAGCCGUCUUGCUAGUGCGCAAGAAAACGAGAUCGAUAUCGAGCGAUUCCGUCCAAACGUGGUCAUCCGGGGUAGCAAGCCAUGGUCGGAAGAUGAUUGGCAGACGGUGAAGAUCAUCGACACUGCACAAAAGUUGGAUAUGGACGUGCACCGGCGACAGCCUUGGGAUCAACUCGUCAAGUACAGGCGAAUCGAUGGCGCCCCAAGCCUCCCCACCAACCUCCCGCCGCCGGUCGACGACGGUGCUUGCGAUCACCUGGAUAAUCUGAAGAUCCCAAGCGUGAACAUGCCGGUUGCCGGACACGCUUCAAAGACGGUUGAUCUCUCGAGCCAAGAAGGCCUCACCAUCGUCUUUUGCUACCCUCGCACGGCAGCCGCCAACGAAGACAUCCCUCCGGAAUGGGACGCGAUCCCGGGUGCAAGAGGCUGCACGCCUCAGGCGUGCUCCUUCCGCGAUAAUUCCAAGGAACUUUACGAUGCCGGUAUCGAUAAGCUUUUCGGCCUGUCUACGCAGUCCGCCGAGGUCCAGGAGGAGUUCCGCAAGAGGAGCCAUAUUCCUUACGACAUUCUUUCGGAUGCUAAGCUUGAAUUCGCACGUGGGCUCGGGCUGCCGCUGUUUGAGUACAAGGGAGACCAGCUCGUCAAGCGACUGACGUUGGCCAUCUAUAAGGGAAGAAUCGUCAAGCAUUGGUACCCUGUGUUUCCACCCGAUAAGAACGUGUAUGAAGUUCUGGAAUGGGCCAAGGCCUUCAAGCCUGCCAUGAGAUAG